CCCGACCUCAGGUGAUCCGCCCGUCUUGGCCCCCCAAAAUGCUGGGAUUACAGGUGUGAGCCACCUCACCCGCUGUUUUUUCACUUAAUUCAGAUGCUUUAAAUAAUUAACAGUCAUGUUCAUUAUUUGCUAACCUAACACCCUGUGCUGGAUAUUUGGUAGGUUGACCCUAAUAUUUAUUACAAAUGAUGUUGAGAUGGAUAUAUUCCUAUACAUAAAUAUUGGUUUGCAUUAUUAUUAUUUCUUUAGACUGGUUUCCUAUAAAUAGGCAACUGGAUCAAAGAAUCUGAACAGUUUUCUGGAUUUAUGCCAUGUUUACCUAAAGAUUACGAAAUAACCAGUAGGGUGUAAGUACUGCAUGUAUGUUUAAAAUAGAUGUGAUUUUUGUUUUUCUUUAGACGGAGUCUCACUCUGUCACCCAGGCUGGAGUGCAAUGGCAUGAUCUCGGCUCACUGCAACCUCCGCCUCCCAGGUUCAAGCGAUUUUCCCACCUCAGCCUCCCGAGUAGCUGGGACUACAGGCGCGUGCCACCACACCAGGCUAAUUUUUGUAUUUUUAGUAGAGAUGGGGUUUCACUAUGUUGGCCAGGUUGGUCUCGAACUCCUGACCUCGUGAUCCACCUGCCUCGGCCUCCCAAAGUGCUGGGAUUACAGGUGUGAGCUACUGUGCCCAGCUAGAUAUGAUUUUAUUGACAUUUGUAAUGUGCAGUAUUCUGGGUGUAUGCCCGCAUCCCACCAGCCAUUCAGGAGGCAUUAUGGGAAGGGCAGGCAGUUGAAGAAUAGUCCUGGCUCCUUCCUGGCUGGGAAAUGUCAUGUGAGAGCUGGCAUUACUCUGUGGCUGUUGAUAUUCUUUAGCCCAGGUUAAAGCCUGUCUCUAAAGAGGGAGACACAAUCUUACACCUGCCAAGUGGCUAGAUUGGUGUGAUCCAAUCCCUGUGCCUUAUUGUGACUCUUGUAACCUAAUGACAGCCCUGUGCUUGGGCUGCUGAGUAUGCUGUGGGUGAGAUGAUUAAGCACAAACAGAAUGGGCUCUGAGGCCUAUAGCCGUCCUGGCUUUCCCCAACAGACUUUGAGGAGAGCAUCUGGUUAUAUCUGUAUAAUUUCGAACUUGCUUCUAGGACAGAGGGCUUCCUACCACCUAACCAUGACCCCCUCCCCCCGAAUAAAACAAAGAAAUACAAAAAAAUUUUGUCUGAAACAUCUUCCCUGGUAAUCUUGAGACCUGCGCCAAGCUGUAAAAGGGCUUAUGACCUCGUUCCUAUGGUGGAUGGGUCCUUUGGCCUGGGAGUGUGCUGUCUUCGUGCCUUGGGCCUGAUUUGUGAUCAGAAGUGGUAGGGGAGUUAAUCACGGGACUCUGUACGCCUAUCAGAUUGGGGUUAGUAAGUUCCAGAGGCAGGGAGCAGGCUGUCUGUAGCUGGUGGGCGGGUCCCUAGAGUUCAGAUUCCAUCUGUGGGAUCCAGCCCAGUGUGGCUAGUAUGCCUUCUCUCCCGGCGCUGUAGAAUGGCAGCUUUGGCAGGAAGUGAAGCACAGUACAUGAUAUAGGGCAAAGGUGUGGAGUCCCCUCAAAACCCUGGGUUCCUGAACUGUCCAUGCAUGGGAACCACACUCACAGCCUCUGCCCAAGAGUAGAGACUUUGGGAUAGAUUAGCUCCAAAGUGGGAGUAUUUGAAGUGCAGAAUGACCCCUCAGAACUGAUACUUCAGCCUGGGAAAGGGACAAUUCUGGAGAGAAAUCAUUGCAGCCAGCUUGGACAUCAGUCCUGGGGGCAGCCACAACUUCUUUCUUCAACUCACACCCUGGAGAUUUGGGCACGCAAGGGCCUGUGGUGGUGUAGUGCUUUCUCGAUCACCAAGGUGGGACGAGGGCAGAGCAGGACAGCCACAGCUGCAGAUGACCCCCAGCUUUUUCCCUCUCAGCUGGCACUCCCUCCCCUCUUCGUUCCUUUUCAGGAUGUCAGGCCAGCAACCUGGCAGUUUCUUCCAACUUGACCGCUUGUCUUGGGGCUUGAAUAGUGUCAGAAAUGCCAACUCCUGGACUAGGCUGCCUCAGUGACUUAUUUGGGGGCCCAGGUCUUCUUGCCUUGAUCUUCUUGUUUCUCCACUACUAGGUCACCCCUCCUAAUUUCUCAGUGUCACAAGUGCCCAACAUGCCCAGCUGUCCCCAGGCCUAUUCUGAACUGCAGAUGCUGUCCCCCAGUGAGCGGCAGUGUGUGGAGACGGUGGUCAACAUGGGCUACUCGUACGAGUGUGUCCUCAGAGCCAUGAAGAAGAAAGGAGAGAAUAUUGAGCAGAUUCUUGACUAUCUCUUUGCACAUGGACAGCUGUGUGAGAAGGGCUUCGACCCUCUUUUAGUGGAAGAGGCUCUGGAAAUGCACCAGUGUUCAGAAGAAAAGAUGAUGGAGUUUCUUCAGUUAAUGAGCAAAUUUAAGGAGAUGGGCUUUGAGCUGAAAGACAUUAAGGAAGUUUUGCUAUUACACAACAAUGACCAGGACAAUGCUUUGGAAGACCUCAUGGCUCGGGCAGGAGCCAGCUGAGACCAGGCCCUGUCUAGGCCCUGCCGCAGAACCACCAUCCCUGGGAGGCCCUGCAGAGCCCACCUGUGGGGAAAGAGAAGGGGCAGCUUCCAGAUUUUCUUUUGGGGGUUAGAAGGUCAGAUGUGGAGACUGUGCUCGCCAGUCUCUGUGAGCCUCUGUCUGUAGGCCCUGAGCUGGGGAGGUGGGGAAGAUUCGGGCAAGUGCCCCCAGAACUGUCCUGGCUCCUUCCAUAUUAAACGUAUUUGCAUUUUGAGAAGUGUCCUUCCCACCUUAGCCCUCCAGAGAGACUGCCCUAGUCUUUCUGGGGUCUUUAUGUCCUCAGCUAAAGCCUGGCCUAGUUGCUGAGAGGGGCUGGGGAGAUGGGGCGGGAGGGCCAGACUCAGUGCUGCUGUGGAGCUAGGUGCUUCCCCUUCCCCCGAGACUGGUGGACUGAACUCUAAUCAAGUUGAGUUCAAGUGGAAGAUUCUUCCAGGGUUUUAUUUUUUCCCCUCCUAACAAAGUCUCAUAGUGUUAACACUGGUUCUGCAAUGUCUCUGAGGUGCAAAGAAUGCACUUUUCCCUAUGGGGCCCAGAGUUUGCCUUUUCUGCCAGGCAGUCACCACGCUUCCCUACCCCAGCCUGUUUCUUUUGGCUUGGUUUGGACCACAGUCCUCUGCUACCCAGGGUUUUAGAGCCCCUGCUCUAGGAAACAGUUGUUAGUUUAAGAAAUCAUUGGCCCCUUCCCAGCACACUGAAUGGGGGAGCAGACAGGCCAUGAUUUAGUCGGCCAGCACUAACUCCACCUCUGUUCUCCUUGAACAGCUUUCCUUCCAGCCCACUGCUUUAGGAUGACACAAUGAAUAACACCUAGUCAUAGAAAUCAGUCUCUUUGGUUUGUUUUGUAUUAUGUUGUACAUCAUUAAAGAUCUAAAUACAAAGGAUAUACAGUCUUGAUGAAUCUAAAAUAAUUUGCUAACUAUUUUGAUUCUUCAGAGAGAACUACUAAUAAAAAUCUAAAAGGUA